AUAUUGGGUGGCUUGCAGACGAGAGUGCGGAGCACGUACUCCACAGACACACACCGCCUUCGCUUACCACCCUCAAAAUCAAACUUUGACAUUCCUUCUCUUCCUUUUCUGGGAGAUCUUUGUUAGGGCUUUAGUUUCCGAUUGUUUCCCUUUCAAAGUUUUAAACAACAUGGUUAGAGCAUACAAGCAAGAGCAUGUUUACAAACACCCAUGGGAGAGGGUAACUUCUGCGUCUUGGCGCAAGUUUACUGACCCUGAGAACAAACGUGUUCUUUCUCAUGUCCUUGAAGUGGACACGUUGAACCGGAAACUUGACCGUGAAGCUGGGAAGCUAUAUACUACUCGUGCUGUUACUGUGCAUGCUCCAGGACCAUGGUUCAUCCGUAAAAUUAUUGGUCAGGAAAUUUGCCACUGUGUUGAAUCGACAGUUGUUGAUGCCCAAACUCGGUCGAUGCAACUUUCCAGCCGCAACAUCAGUCUCCAGAAGUUCAUUGAAGUGGAGGAGAAGAUACGUUACGACCCUCACCCUGAUAAUCCAACUGCUUGGACUCUUUGUCGGCAGGAGACAAGUAUACGGAUAAAGCCGUUGUCUGCAUUGGCAUCAAUGGCAGAGAAGAUAGAACAAAGAUGUGUGGAGAAGUUUUUACAGAAUAGUGCCAAGGGUAGAGAGGUCAUGGAGAGGAUAUGUAAGUAUCUUGAAGCUGAAUCUGGAGGGAUUUCCCUGUAAUUCUUUCUUAUUUCUGUCUUUUCACUUUAACCUAGUGUUAGAUCAUAGUUCGUUGGAGUCUCUUUAAGAGUAGAAAAAGGAAAUAAUCCAUAUGAAAAAAUGAGUAAUGGAAGUGUAUGACACGGGAGGAUUGACCUUCAAAUUUUGAAGUUGCUUUCUUAUUUCAAAUUUAAAUGUCUUUGACUGGGAA